AUGACACAUAACAUCCUCCAUCCGUAACUUACCUAUAUAAUCCGUCACGCGUUAGCAAUUAAACAGAUGGACUGAGCAUGACUACAAGCAACGAAGUCCAUUCCUAUUCUUUCAUCCAACAUAAGCCGCGAAAAUGUCGCAGUCGUUCCCGCAAACCCUCCCCUCCCUCAGCCAGCGUGAGGCUAUUGCCGACGCCCUGUACCGAGCCGCCAUUGCCAGUGAUCAUCACGACUCCGCACUUUUCAUCUCGGCAUGGGCCGGAGAAGACGUUUCCAUGGAAAUUCAUGAUGACAACAAGAGAGUCCUCGAGGGCCUCUCCCUGAUUCGCACAACUGUUCUCGACAGAGUUGGUCCUAUGGAUACCACGCAUAAUAUCAGCAUGGUCCGUGUGAAUUACCAGGAUGGAGCUGAUACUGCUUCUCUUACUGCUACUUCAAUGGCCCAGCAUGCGCCUUCCGGCACAGGCAGGGAUCCAAACGGAACCAAGUACACUGUGGGCGGGGAGUAUUCCGUUGACCUGAUUAAGGACGAAGCGGGUGUGUGGAAGAUUAAGAAGUUGGUGUUAAACGUUAUCUGGACCUUGGGCGAUGCUUCAUUGAUGGGCCCCCCCAAGAAGUAGACACGGCUGCAUGAGAGGUAGAAGGCGAGUGUUUCGGGACGCAAUCAUGGUCUUCUACCUGUCUUUCGGAGCUGCCAUCAACAGCUUCUUGCUACUUAUGUAUGGCCUGUCAAUAUCGUGGCGUCUUAUAUGAAACUAUCAUGCGGAGCUAUUACUACGGGUGGUUGGAGUUAAAUAGAACUCCCGCAUAACCGUUUGCUUUGCUUGAAAGCUACGUGAGAGCAGCUCUAGCUCGGUC